CCUGACAAUGGUGAACGUUUGUGGCCACACUGUGUGUGAGGGAAAGAUUUUAAAACACACACACACAUGAUCAGGAAGUCCACCCUCUUACAAUACUUAGAAGAGACGGACUUGUUGUUUCUCCUGUCAUGCUGGCUUUAAUGUCUUGACAAACACAUGAAGAAACAUCAGUCGAUGAAGAACUAAGAGAAAAAAAAAACUUUCCAGGAGGAUUGGAAACGCUUGUUUCUGAACACAUAUUUGUGUUUCUUGUGCUUUUUCAUUUUUCAAACCUUGAUUCAGAAAGUGAAAGUAAAGUUCAGAUUGCUGGAUCUCCAACAGAGAAAAUGGCUUCACUAUCUCAAGAUGAUAUUUCUUGUCCCGUGUGUCAAGAAAUCUUCAAGGCUCCUGUUCUUCUGUCAUGCAGUCACAGUUUCUGUAAAGAGUGUAUUCAACAGUUCUGGAGAACCAAGGAAACCCAGGAGUGUCCUGUCUGCAGGAGAAGAUCCUCAAGAGAUGAUCCUCCAUGUAAUCGUGUGUUAAAAAACUUGUGUGAGUCCUUCCUAACGGAGAGAAAUGAGAGGCGUUCAUCAACGUCUGAUGAGAUCUGCAGUUUACACAGUGAGAAACUCAAACUCUUCUGUCUGGAGGACAAACAGCCUCUGUGUGUCGUGUGUAUUAAUUCACUGAAACACGACACUCAUAAAUUCAGACCCAUCGGUGAAGUGGUUUCAUCAUACAAGGAGGAGCUCAAUACAGCACUGAAGUCCUUGCAAGAGAAACUGAAACACAAUGAAAACAUUAAAAGAGAGUUUGAGGAAACAGUUCAACACAUCAAGUCUCAAGCUGAGCACACAGAGUGUCAGAUUAAAGAGCAGUUUGAGAAGCUUCAUCAGUUCCUCAGAGAUGAAGAAGAAGCUACAAUCACUGCACUGAGAGAGGAAGAGGAGCAGAAGAAGCAGAUGAUGAAGGAGAAGCUGGAGGAGAUGGACAGACACAUCUCAGAUCUUUCACACACAAUCAACGAUAUGGAGGAGACGAUGAAAGCCAAUGACGUCUGCUUUCUGAAGGAGUUUCCAGUCUCAAUGGAAAGAGUCCAGAUCUCACAGCCGGAUCCACAGAUGGCUUCUGGAGCUUUGAUUUAUGUGUCGCGAUACUUGGGCAACCUGCUGUUCAGAGUCUGGAAGAAGAUGCAGGACAUCGUCCAAAACAGUGAGUCUGGAGAAGAUCUGUGCUGUUACACACUGGAAAUCAGGCAUGGGUUUAUCAUGACAAGCACUAGAUUAUUUCAGUUUGUAGUUAACAUUAGUUAACUACAUUA